CUGGUACCAAUGACUGUUGUUAAUUUCAGUGAGACUUUAUUUGAUUCCUCCGAAAUUGUUCCCGAAAAAGUUGAGCAAACAGCUGGCCUUUCUCCUAAUUCCACCUCGGUCUCGCUUAAUGCAAGGAGGCCGGCCUUCUGCGCCCAGAAGGCACAAACGUCUGACACCUCCACUAUACCCGGCUCCCGCAUCUAUCCCCUUAUAUAAACGCAAGCUUGUCAUGUCCUUCAGCUAUUCCGUAGGCCAAGCUGGAAGACAUUUGAAGUAAUACAUUUCUACAUUGGAACUUGACGAAGAUUUGGAAUUACCCCGCACCGAAACAUCAUUCGAUUCUUGUCAAACAGCAACUAUGUCUUCAUUCGAAGAACAGUUCGAGAAAGCAUGCAGAGAUCGAGAGAUCCCAGGUGUCAUUCUUCUUGCAUGUGAUGCUAAAGGCAAAUUCCAGUAUCAAAAGGCGUUCGGUCCAGCAACUCCCACCAGGCCAAUGGAUCUCAACGCAACCAUGAUUUUAGCAUCUUGCACGAAGUUGAUGACCACUAUCUCAGCGAUGCAAUGUGUGGAGCGAGGACUUAUCGCUCUCGACGAGGAAGUGGGAAAUGUUCUUCACGAGCUCAAGGACCCUCAGAUCCUGACCGGGUUCGCAAAUGGUGAUAGUGGGGGCCCUAUUUACAAGGCCUCUGCUACUCAGAUCACCCUCCGACAUCUCCUCACGCACACCUCAGGACUUGGUCACGACAUGAUGAACCCCAUCUAUGCAACCUGGCGAAAAGCCCGCGGUGACCCUCCCUACGAGAGUGAAAUGACACAGUCCCUCAUCCACAAUAUAAACAUCCCACUCAUGUACGAACCAGGAACCUCCUGGUCCUACGGCGUGUCUCUCGACUGGGCCGGAGUCCUCGUCGCGCGUCUAAACAACUGCUCUCUCGAGGAAUUCAUGGAGAAGAACCUCUGGACUCCGCUGGGAAUCAAGAACUUGACGUUCCACCAAGAGCUAAAGUCUGAUGUGAGGAAGAACUUGGUCAAAAUGACAAGCAAGAAUGGGCAUGAGUUAGCGAGAUUUUCGAUGCCAAGAAAGGAGGCUGGGAAGGUUGAAUGGACGGACGAGGUCAUAUACGAAGUUCCGACCAAAGAGGAAUGUGGAGGUGGAGGGGCAUGCGGGAGUCCGGUCGAGUACAUGAAAAUCAUGCAAUCCAUUCUUUUGGAUGAUGGUAAAAUCCUCAAGUCUUCCACUAUUGACGAGAUGUUCACACCACAACUCAAGGGUGGGAGUUUGAAGUUUUGGAACGAUUUCCAAGGGUUUCUCUUACUCGAGGGUGCAUUCUCGCGCGAGAAACCGGGGACAAAGAUGCAGUGGGGUAUUGGAGGUUCUUUGACAGAUCAAGAUGUUGAGACGGGAAAGAAGAAGGGAACUUUGAGUUGGAGUGGGCUUCCGAAUUUGUUGUGGACAAUUGACAGAACAACGGGAUUGAACUGCAUGUACGCUAGUAAUGUGAUUCCGUUUGGGGAUUACAAGAGCGGGGAGAUGCAGCGUAUGUUUGAGAAGGAGAUGUAUUCGAGGUAUGACAAGGUUGUGAAA